AUCUUUCUUUCUCUCAAUUUUUUUUUUUUUGGAGAUUGUUUCUUUCUUAGAGGGUUCUCAGGUUUCUUCUCCUUAAAAGGUUUAUUAGGGUUUUGUGAAUCUCUGUCACACCUCUCAUCUUGUGAGGAAGCUAUACUAAGUCUUGAUCCUUUUGAAGCAAAUUAUCAGUUUUUUGAAGUUUGGAUUCUUGCGUUGUAACCAAGAAAGUCAAAUGGAGGGUUGUCCAAGAAACAAAGAAACAUGUCCUAAACUCCUCGAUUUGAUUCCUCAAGGAAGAAAAUGGUACCAUGAAGAGAAGAACAACACAGAUCACAAACACAAACUUGAGCUAAGGCUUGCACCACCCGGUGGUGAUGAAGAAGAUCGUUCUGCCAUUUACAAGACGAACAUAGAGACAAGAAACAACAACAUCGAGAAGGAAGCAGAAGACAAAUCUAUCUUCAAUCUCAGCGGAAACCAUUCCUCGCCUCCCAACAAAACCACUUAUGCUCCUCACAUCUCUCACAAAAGAACUGCUCCUGGUCCAGUGGUGGGUUGGCCUCCGGUUCGUUCGUUCAGAAAAAAACUAGCGAGCACAAGCUCUUCAAAGCUCGGAAACGAAUCCUUCCUUGGAGGUCAAGUCAACAAGAGUGGUGAUGGCGAAAAGCAAGUCCAACCUAAGAGGGAAGGAAUGUAUGUAAAGAUCAACAUGGACAGUGUUCCAAUUGGUCGAAAAGUCGAUCUCAAUGCUUACAAUAGCUACGAACACCUCUCUUUUGCCGUUGACAAACUCUUCAGAGGUCUACUCGCAGCCCAAAGAGAUACCUCUGGUGCUGAAGGAGAAGAGAAACCGAUCAUUCGUUUACUUGAUGGGAAAGGAGAAUUCACUUUAACUUAUGAAGACAAUGAAGGGGACAAGAUGCUUGUUGGGGAUGUUCCUUGGCACAUGUUUAUUUCAUCUGUGAAGAGACUGCGUGUGGUUAAAAGCUCUGAGAUUUCGUCUACCUUGAGAUUUGGAUGCAGUAAGCAGCAGAAGAUGAGGACUUGAAGUCUUGUAGAAAUUUCUGUUUUGAGCCAGAGGGUCUCAGAGUUUUCAAUUGUACAUGUGGUUUUUGUUAUAUUGAUCUGAUCUGAUAUAUCUUCCCAUGUCUUUAAAAAGCGUUAUCUCUUAGGAAGGUACUUAGAACAUAAUUAAUCAUCAUCUCAUGUCUACAUAACUCUUUCUGAAAAUAAAUGAAGUUUUUAUUCUCUGUAAAA